AUGCAUCAAGAACGUAAUUCAGUGUUGUGGAACAAUUCAAACGAUCCUUUCUAUAAUGGUAGUGGUAGCAAUGAUAUGUUGAGUCCAUCAUCUGCUGCUGGUGUAUCAUCUGAAUAUACAUUCCAACCAAUUAGACAUGAUGAUUUUUUCGGAGGAAGAGGACACUCAAGAAAUCCAUCAUUUGAUAUGGUUGAUGUUAAUUAUAAUAGUGGAGGAAGUGCAUCAAAUAGUAGACCAACAUCACCAAUUGGAAUUAGAAGCACAUCACCAUUGGUAGCAAAUCAACAACAAAUGAGAAAGCAAAAUAGUUUGGAACCAGUCAUUGAUGAAGUACCUUUAUUAGAAGAAUUAGGAAUUAACUUUACUGAUAUGUGGGACAGAAGUUUAUUUGUUUUAAAUCCAUUCUCUAGGGAGAGAAGAAAGGCACUUCACUCCAUGAUGAUUACCAACGAUCCACACUAUCAAAAUCAACAACAACAACAACAUCAUCGUAAUUCCUCUAUGAGCAGUGAGGAAUCAACUAUACAACACCUUUUGAAAGAUAUGGAUUUAGCCGGACCUUUGAUCUUUUGUCUGGCUUUAGGAUUUACACUUCUUCUCAAAGGAAAGAUUCACUUUAAUUAUAUUUACGGAGUUGUUGUUAUUGGAUGUUUAUCAAUUUAUGUUCUUUUGAAUUUAAUGUGUCCUCUCUCGAAGCACAUUGAAUUACAACAUUGUAUUUCUAUUCUCGGAUAUGGUUUAUUACCAAUGGUUGUUCUUGGCUUGUUAACAACACUCUUACCAUUCCCAUAUGUGAGCUUGGUGUUGAGUGCUAUUGCUGUAUUUUGGAGUACAUAUGGAUCGAGUACAAUGUUUGUUGCUGCUCUAGGAAUGAGUCAUCAGAGAAUGCUUGUUUCCUAUCCAAUAGGAUUGGUCUAUGCCACUUUUGCUUUGAUUACUGUCUUGUAA